CUUGCCGCAGCAGUUGUGAUGUUAGCCUGUUUACUUGGACGCUCCUAGCUUGUUGCCCCUCUGCCCCGGUAACAGCCUCCAGUUCCCCGCGAGGAAACCAUGGCCGAGCCGGCCCCGGGGUCCGCUCCGUCGCCACAACAUGACGAGGUGCUGCAGCAGCGAGUGGCAGCUCUGGAGCAGGAGAGGGUCGAGUUCAUCAAACUCAAACAGCAGCUGGAGGCCGAGUUCAACCAGAAACGAGCCAAGUUUAAAGAUAUUUUUUUGCUGAAGGAAGAGGAGUGGAAGAGGCAGACAGCGGCGCUGGAGGGGGCCCACGCUGAGCUGAGCGCCGUCCAGAUCCAGCUGACUCAGGCCCAGUCUGAGAUCGAGAACAUCCAAGCUGUGGCCACCGUGUCGGAAAACACCAAACAGGAAGCCAUCGACCAGGUCCGCAGCCAGUGGCAGGAGGAGGUGGCCUCGCUGCAGGCCAUCAUGAAAGAAACCGUGUGUGAAUACGAGGUCCAGUUCCACCAGCGCUUGGAUCAGGAGCGAGCCCAGUGGAACCAGUACCGCGAGGCGAUGGAGCGGGAAAUGGGAGACCUGAGACGCCGCCUCACCGUGGGCCAGGAGGAGGAAAACCUGGAGGAGGAAAUGAAAAAAGCCCAGGAGGACGCGGAGAAGCUGCGCUCGGUGGUGAUGCCCAUGGAGAAGGAGAUCGCCGCCCUGAAAGCCCGACUGACGACAGCCGGGGAGCGGGUGAAAGAACUGGAGGCCUCGAAGGUCAAAGAGCUCAAUCACGUCCUGGAGGCUGAGAAGUCGUGUCGUACGGACCUGGAGAUGUAUGUGGCCGUGUUGAACACACAGAAAUCUGUCCUGCAGGAAGACGCAGAGAAACUACGGAAAGAGCUGCAUGAGGUCUGUCACAAGCUGGAGUUGGAGCGGCAGCAGCACAAUCAGCUGAAGCACACGUGGCAGAGAGCCAACGACCAGUUCCUGGAGUCCCAGCGCCUCCUCAUGAGGGACAUGCAGAGGAUAGAGAACGUGCUGUCAUCGGAACAACUCCGCCAGGUGGAGGAGAUGAAGAAGAAGGACCAGGAGGAGGACGACAAGGAGCGGCUGAGCCAAGUGAACGAGAUGCAGGAGGAGGACGGGGGAGACAACACCGAGCCUUUGGAGGACUCCUUCCUCGGGCUGAGCGUGGAGGAGCCCCACGCCAACCACAGCGCUCACGGCUCGAUGCACUCUUUAGAUACCGACGUGGUGUUGGGGGGCACCAUGGACCCCUACAAGGAAAACCUGCGGCGAGUUCAGUCGACGGACAGCCUCGGCUCCUCGCUGUCUGCCCAGCAGGGCCUCGGGGGCCAGAACUACAAGGCCAAGUCGGCCAGCCACUUGGAGGAAUCGGACUUUGGGCCCCUGGUGGGGGCCGACUGCGGCGUUACAGACAGUAGUUUUGGGGAAACCUCGUCCAUCAGCUCGAUGAAGCUGACGGCGAGCCACUUCCUGCUGACAAAAGACCAGGAGAAGGCCAUCAAAGCCAUGACGCCCGAGCAGGAGGAGACGGCGUCGCUGCUGUCGAGCAUCUCCCACACGGCCAACAACGCCUACCUGCCGCCUGGAGGCUACCGGCUGGUCAGCGACAGCGAGUGGAAUCUGCUGCAGCAAGAGGUGAAAAACGCUGGCAGGAAGCUCGGCCGACGUUGUGACAUGUGCUCCAACUACGAGAAGCAGCUCCAGGCCAUCCAGGGACAAGAGGCCGAGACACGAGACCAGGUGAAGAAACUGCAGGUGAUGCUGCGUCAGGCCAACGAUCAGCUGGAGAGGACGAUGACGGAGAAACAGGCUUUGGAGGAUUCGGUCAAAGCAGGCAACGAGGAAACGGCUGCUAAGGUUUCCGCCCUGAUGCAGAGAGUCCAGGAGUCGGAGGCGCUGCUCGGAACACUACAACAAGCCUUCAGUGACGCUAAGAGGAACACGCAGGAGCAGAUGGCGGUGCUGGUGAAGUCGAGGGAGCAGGUGGCCGACGAACUGAGUCGACUACAGAGAGACAACGAGAGUCUGCAGGGAAAACACCGGCUGCACGUGGAGCUCCAGAGGCAGGAAGACUUCCAGAUGCCCAAUACUGUGCAAGAGCUACAAGGGCAGGUGCUGCAGUUGCGCGACGACACGGUGGCGCUGCGGACGUCGGCCGAUCACAUGGAGGAGAAGCUGAAAGCGGAGAUCCUGUUUCUGAAGGAUCAGCUCCAGGCAGAGCAGUGUCUGAAGGAGAACCUGGAGGACACGCUGCAGCUGGAGAUCGAGGGCUGUAAGGAGGAGAUAGCUUCCUUCUCCAGUUUGAAGACGGAGCUGGAGCGAAUAAAAGCUGAGAAGCAACAGUUGGAGAGAAGUUUAGCGGAGAAGACCGAGACACUGGAGAACCUCCAGGGCCUGAGGAUCAGCCUGGAGCACAGACUUAAAGAGCUGAUCACCAAAAAGAGUGCACUCGAGAUUCAGGCCCUCGAUGAGAAAGACAAAGCUCAGCGGCUGCAGACGGAGCUGGACGUCAGUGAGCAGGUUCAGAAGGACUUUGUCAAACUCUCUCAGAACCUUCAGGUGCAGAUGGAGCGAAUACGACAGGCGGAGUCCUUGGACCGAAUCCGAGUGAUCCUCAACGACACCAACUUGACUGACAUCAACCAGCUUCCAGACACAUGAUGCCACUGAAUGAAAACUGCCCUCAGCUUCAUUCCCCCUCCUUUUUCUUCAUCACUGGCCCGAUAACAUUAUUGAUCUGACGCCUCCUUCCUCCCCCCCCGCCCCCAUAACCCCCCCCGUCGCGUGGACGAGUUUGGAAGGACGAGGACGGACACAGCAUGUGGAGCUCGGGGCCUUUUUGUGUAACUUAUAAAAUCAUGGAAUCACAAGGAUAGAAUUAUGAAGAAGAACACUACUAAAAAAAAAUGUAAAUAACUAAAUGUGUGACUGUGGAUGGGGGGGGGGCGUCAAUCUCCCUGUGGGUCUGUCUGUGUCUCGUUUCUACUGUAGAUAUGACUGUCUAUAUUAGGCUCAACCAAAAAGGUUUGUCGUCUUCUAAAGCACUUUUCAUCUGCGACUUCUUUUUCCAGGUAAAUAGAAAAAUCAAUUGGAUGCGUUAACUCUCCUCCUCCUGUUCUCGAAGCGCUUUGAUAAUCGCUUCCUCGUUUCUCUCGCUUGUUCUUUUUUUCUCGACGUCUUUUUGUUUUUUUUUAUUUUCCUGAAGCAUUUUCCACCUUGUUCUGGUCAUUUCACCCUGUGCAACAACAACAAAAAAAGAAACACAAUGAAGGAUGGAAAAUACUUGCACGUAACUUAAAUAGGAUUGAACAAAAAAAAAGGAACAUAACACAAAGUGAGCAAUACCAUGAAUUGUCUCUAUCAUCCUCCUCUGUGUCUUGUUUCGCUCCAUGAAGCUGCUGAAGUACAUAACGAUUUAACCCAGUUGGUUAAAAGAAGAGAUCAGAAGAAUCAGGUGUCAACAGUCAACUG